AUGACUGAGGCCGCGCAGUCACGGCCACGGCCCAAGCUGCCCGUCCAGCAGCUCGCCAUCCUCGUCGUUGCCAGGCUCGCCGAGCCCCUGGCCUACACCUCCAUCUACCCCUACCUGCCCGAGAUGAUUCGCGACUUUGGCGUCCCCCAGGAAGAAGUCGCCAAGUGGGCCGGCAUGACGACGGCCAUCUUCGCCGUCUCCCAGGGCCUCGCCGCCCUGCCCUGGGGCCGCGCCUCGGACCGCUACGGCAGGAAGCCUAUUCUCCUGUGUGGCCUCAUGAGCACCAUGGUCUGCUUCCUCGUCUGGGGCGUCUCCACCAGCCUUCCCAUGGCCAUGGCCGCCCGCGCCAUCCAGGGUGCCGGCAACGGAAACGUCGCCAUCAUCAGAACCAUUGUCGCCGAGAUCGUCCCCGAAAAGGAGCUGCGCCCCCGCGCCUUUUCCAUCAUGCCCCUCGUCUGGUCCCUCGGCGCCGUCCUCGGCCCGGCCUUCGGCGGCUUCCUCGCACAGCCCGCCCGCCAGUAUCCUGACCUGUUUGGCCACAUCGACUUCUUCAAGCGCUUUCCCUACGCCCUGCCCAACCUCGUCGCCACCGUCUUCUUCCUUACCUCGGCCACCACCGCCUUUCUCUUCCUCAAGGAAUCGCUGCCGGCCAAGCGUGAUCAGCGGGACUGGGGCCUUGUGCUCGGCAGUCGCCUCACCCGCGCCGUGCGCCGGAAGCCGCCCCGCCCCCACCUCGGCCCGGGAUCCUGCGCCGACGACGAGGCCACCACGCCGGACCAGUCCCCCAAGAAGCCGGCGCCUCCGAGCACGUCGCCCAACAUGAGAGAGGCGCUCACGCGCCAGACGGUCAUCAACCUCGGCACCUACACGAUAUUGUCGCUGCACUCGGUCGCCUUUGACCAGAACAUGACCGUCUUCCUCAACUACCCCGUCAUGGAGCACACUCCCGAAAACACCCGGCUCCCCUUCUACUUCAACGGCGGAUUCGGGUUGGAGUCUAGCAAGAUCGGAUCCAUCUUCGCCAUCUACGGCAUCACCUGCGGCGUCAUCCAAUUUCUCCUCUAUCCGUCCUUGGUCAAGCGCUUCGGCGUUUUGCGGUGCUGGCACGUCUGCUCCGUUGUCAUCCCCUUCGUCUACAUGAUCACGCCUUACACCUCCCUCUUCCCUACCGAGGGCACCCGCCUCGCCGCCGUCAUCAUUGUCCUCAUGAUCAAGGGCUUCGUCACCAUCGUUGCAUUUCCCUGCAUCACCAUCCUCCUUACAAACUCGUGCGCCUCGACGCACGUCCUCGGCACUGUCAACGGCCUCGGCACCUCGUUUAGCGGCUUCGCCCGCGCCAUCGGCCCGGCCUCGACCGGCCUCGCCUUCUCCUGGGGCGCCAGGCAUGGCUACAUGGUUUCGGCCUACUUCUUCCUCGCCCUCGCCUCCGCCGCCGGCGCCGUCCCCGGCUUCUUCAUCCGCGACGGCGACGGCCCCACCAUCUCGGCCGACCCGUGCCCCGACGACGCCGCCGCCGCCGAAUCCUUGCGCUACGGCAGCAGUGACGGCGUCUUGCCUAGCGCACCCGCCGUCCCGGACGUCUCGGACGACGAGGCCGACGCCGCUGCCCCCUUGCUGAGCAGAAGGAAUAAGCAGGGCGUGUCCUACAACGCAACCGAUAUUCAACCAAAGUAG